AUGACUUCAAAGCAAGUGCAUAUUGGUGUUCUUCUGGUCGAUACUGUUCAGCUUCUCGACCUAUCUGCUAUUGAUCUCCUAUACAUGACAUCUCCAGCGUAUCUCACAGAGCUUGGUCUUCCGAAACCUCUCAUCGAUCUUGGAAAACCCUGCAAGAUUUCCUACAUCUCCCUAGGUGGCCCAACAGCACGCCUAGAUCUUACAUCGCAGACAUCCAUUCCGAUCACGCACGUCCCGACAGACCUAGAGGUGGCCCCUGGGAAACUGGACGUGAUUUAUGUUCCUGGACCCUCGCCUAACCGCAUGCCACCAGCCAAAGAAUACCUUGACUUUUUACGUCAACAUAAUGCAGCUAAUGUGACGAUAUUAAGUAUCUGUACUGGUGCAUUGGUUAUUGCCCAUGCAGGUAUAGCAACAGACAAAAUAGUGACAGCACCCCGAUUUUUAAUUCCAGGAUUGAAGAAAAGUUUUCCAGACGUGAAGAUUUGGGACGAUUCAGUCCGCGUUACGAGGGAUGGCAAUUUGUGGAUGUGCGGUGGAAUCACAAAUGGACAUGAUCUUGUGGUUGAAUAUCUUCGGGAAAAUUAUCCCGCCCCAUUGGUCAACACUAUUCUUACCGCUGCGGAGAUAUCACCGAGACCCUUGAAAUACGCCAAGGGACCCACAGGGGACUUUAUGUGGAUGGUCUGGCAGGUUCUGUGCGCCCUGCCUUACUCUGCCAUCCGCUUCCUAAAGGGCAAACAAAGUGACGUGUAG